UGUUCAAGAGAAACCCACAUCAAAGUUCAUACAAACAGAAGCAACACAGCACUUCCCACCAGGACACAGUAAAGCAAAAUGUGGGUCAUCACUGUGAUUUCUGUGGUCUGCCUGCUGGCUGGUCCAUCCCUGGCUGGCAUCAAAGACAUCAGUACUCACUUCAGUGACCCUAAACCAGACGCCAGAGGCUUAGAACCAGGUGGUGCGGUGGAUGUUGAGGCCAUUCCUUUGGAGUUCCACAAAGAAAACACUGUCACCAAUGACCUAAUUUUUGAUGGCUUUGAAGAUGAAGAUUAUAUUGAUUUUGAUAAGAUCCUGGCUGCGGGCAGUGAUGACUACAUUGAGGGGGAUGAGAUAGACGAGAUUGCCACACCAGCCCCAGACAUCGACAUCUUUGCAGAACCUUCUGACCCAAAGAUUCGCCGGGCCCGACUCCUCCGGCUGUUCCAUGGUCAAUCUCGCCUUCAGCGCCUCAACAUUGUGAAUGCCCGUUUUGGUUUUAACCUUUAUCGUAGCCUCCGGAACGACGUAAACCAGACUGACAACAUCCUGCUAGCACCUGCUGGGAUCUCCAUCGCUAUGGGGAUGAUGUCUUUAGGGGCAGGACAUGAAACUCACAAUCAGAUCUACAAAGCUCUAGGAUUCGCAGCGUUUGUUAAUGCUAGCCAUCACUAUGACAACACAACUGUGCACAAGCUUUUCAGGAAACUGACGCACAGGCUGUUUAGAAGAAACUUUGGUUACACAUUACGUUCUGUCAAUGAUGUUUUCGUAAAGAAAGAUGUUUCAGUGAAAGACUCAUUUCGUGCAGACACCAAGGCUUAUUACUUUGCCGAGCCGCAGUCUGUCAACUUCGGAGAGCGUGCGUUUAUUGACAAGGCCAAUCGUCGCAUAGAAAAACUGACCAAAGGACUGAUCAAGGAACCACUUAAGAGUGUGGAUCCAAAUAUGGUACUGAUGCUGCUCAACUACUUGUACUUCAAAGGGACGUGGGAGCAGAAAUUCCCAAAGGAAAUGACUUACUACCGCAACUUUCGAGUUAAUGAGAAGACAAACGUGCGAGUGCCAAUGAUGACCAACAAGGGAAAAUAUCUGGCUGCUGCUGACCACGAGCUGGACUGUGACAUCCUGCAGCUUCCAUACACAGGAAACAUCAGCAUGCUCAUUGCCUUGCCAAGGAAGAUCACUGGCAUGAGGACCUUGGAGCAGGAGAUUUCACCAACUGUUGUCAACAAGUGGCUUAAAAACAUGACAAACAGGACUCGUGAGGUUUCGUUACCUCGUUUUAAACUGGAGCAAAAUUAUGACCUGAUUGAAAAUUUGAAGGAGAUGGGCCUCACUGACAUAUUCCAGGAGAGUGGAGAUUUCACUCGGAUGACCUCUGAAAAAGUUGCCAUGAACUGGCUGAAGCACCAGGGAACCAUCACUGUGAAUGAAGAGGGGACGGAAGCUGCUGCCCUGACUCAAGUGGGCUUUAUGCCACUUUCCUCUCAGAUUCGAUUCACGGUGGAUCAUCCGUUCCUCUUCCUGAUCUACGAGCACCGCACAGACUGCCUCGUGUUCAUAGGCCGAGUGGUCAACCCCACUCAGAACUGAACAAAUACGCUUUUCAUGACAAAUUAGAUGUUUUACUGAACAAAGACACGUCUACAUGUUCAUAUGUCAUACAUGUAUUUUCUGUCAUUUCUUACAGAACAUUUAAAUUCUUCAUAUUGCUCAAA